AUGUUUUCGAAUAAUCUUAAUAUGUUGUCACGUCUUACUUCACUAAGGCGCCUAAUUUUCCUGAAUGUAGAUCUCACUAAAGCUAGGGAUUGGCCUGAUCGCCUCCCUUCCUUAGAGCAUUUGGAGUUAAAUGGUUGUCAACUUCCUGUUUUCAUUAAUUCGUAUUCUAGUAAUUAUUUGACUUGGUUUUUUAAUCAAAGUUCCUUAGUUAAAUUGUCCCUUUCUUACAGCGGAAUAUCUGGUAGAAUUCCGAGUAAAAUUUGGAACAUGACUUCACUUUCACAUCUUGAUCUCUCUUUCAACCAACUUGAAGGUGAGCUUACUAGUUCCAUGUUUAGUGGAAUGACUUCUCUUUCACAUCUUGAUCUUUCUAAUAAUUUCUUGAAAGGUGAGCUUUCUAAUUCCUUGAUUAGGGGAAUGCCUUCUCUCACACAACUUAAUCUUUCUUAUAACAACUUCAAAGGUGGGGUUCCUAGUUCCUUGUUUAGAGGACUAACUUGUCUUUCAUACCUUGAUCUUUCUCAUAAAAAAUUUGAAGGUGAGCUUCCUGGUUCUAUGAAAGGUGUUUGCGAACUUAGAGCAUUGGAUCUAUCUUUUAAUCAUCUUAAGGGAAAUCUUUCAAGCAUCUUCCAAUCCUUGUCUUGUGCAAACAAUACUUUAAUGAUCCUUUACUUGCAUAUGAAUAAUUUUAGUGGUUUAGUCCCGGAUUUCACAAUCUUUUCUUCCUUAAGAGAAUUGAAUCUAAGCACUAAUAAACUGAGUGGUUCACUUCCCUCUAAUUUUGAGAGACUUUCAAAUCUUGUCAUCUUAAAUUUAGAUCAUAACCAACUUACAGGAUCAGUGCUUGAUCUUUCUAGGUUUAGGUCAUUAGACCUAUUGAAUCUUCAAAAUAACCAAUUAAAUGGCACUCUACAUGUGAGUUUAGGACAACUUUCAAGAUUAAGCUACUUGGAUAUUUCAUCCAACUCAUUGAAAGGUGAAAUUGGUGUACUCCACCUCUCUAAUCUCUCAAGAUUGCGUUACUUGGAUAUGUCCUUUAAUUCAUUAUCUUUCAAUGUUGGAUCGAGUUGGAUGCCAUCAUUUAAACUAGAUACCAUCGGACUUGCUUUUUGUAGAUUAGGUCCUCGUUUCCCAAAUUGGCUUCGAACUCAAUCAAAUUAUUCAAACUUGGAUAUAUCAUAUGCUGGGAUUUAUGAUACUAUCCCUUUUUGGUUUUGGAACCUUUCUACAAUACCUAAUUUUAUCAGUUUAUCUCAUAACAAUCUUCAUGGUAACUUACCAGCUCAUUCAUUGAUUGAACAUUUUGAAAGUAAUCCCUCCAUUGAUUUGAGUUCUAAUCUUCUUGAGGGUACUAUACCAAAUUCUUUUAAAAAUUCAGUUUAUCUGAAUCUCUCUAGAAAUGCUUUUUCUGGGUCAAUUUCCUUUGUGUGCAACCAUGGUUUCUCAUUAAACGGUCUCGACCUUUCACAUAACUUCUUUUCUGGGAAAUUGCCUGAUUGUUGGUCAAAUAUUAGCAAUUCUCUAACUGUUGUAGAUUUGUCAAGCAAUUCCUUGACGGGAAAGCUUCGCAGAUCUUUGGAUUUUGGAGACAACCAGUUUUCAGGAACGACUAAGUGGAUAGGGCGUAGUUUUCCAUAUUUGGUUGUUCUCAGUCUUCGCAACAAUUCAUUUUCUGGAAAAAUACCUCCAAAACUUUGCCUUUUAUCGUCCAUUCAAAUUGUUGAUUUGUCUGCAAAUAACCUUUCUGGGAAAAUACCAAGUUGUUUGUGUAACUUGACAGCAAUGACACAAAAAAAGAGUUCUCCUAAAGCUAUUACAGACACCAAUGCCACAUUCUCCACCAUUGGCUCUCCAUACGAAGACUACAUCUCUGUUGUACUGAAAGGAUUCAACUAUGAAUUUAAGAACAAUCUAGAACUUGUUAAGAGUAUCGAUCUUUCAAGCAAUAAGUUAGAAGGUAAAAUUUCGGCUCAAGUUUCCUGCCUUACGGGACUGAUUUCUUUAAAUUUUUCAAGAAACAAUCUCAAUGGAUCUAUCAUACCAAAAAUUGGUCAAUUGAAUUCUUUAAAGUCGUUGGAUUUGUCUAAUAACCAUCUUUCUGGGGAGAUUCCUGCGACGUUUUCAGAUUUGAACUUUUUGUCUACUUUAAGCUUGGCAAAUAACAACUUUUCUGGGAGAAUUCCAACUGGAACUCAACUACAAGGCUUAAAUGCUUCAGUGUUUUCAGGAAAUCCAGGGCUUUGUGGGAAUCCACUCCCAAAUAAGUGCGUAAGUGACCAAGCAAAGGGUAGCAGUCAAAAUAAACACAGUCUUGAAAACAAUGAAGAUGAUAUAACUCUGGGGUUGUAUAUCAGCAUUGCACUCGGAAUUAUCACAGGGUUUUGGGUAGUUCUUGGUAUUUUGAUAUUCAAGAGGUCGUGGAGAUAUGCCUAUUUUUGCUUUUGGGUGAAUGUUUAUGACAAGCUCUAUGUGAUCAUCACCUUUCGAAGACAUACUCGUGCUUGA